AAAAGAAUACCAAAACUCUAUUUGGUGAUUACUAAUAUUUCCAAGCGCCCAAAUAUUCGUGCCUUACUGGAACUUGCUGCUGCUUUUGGGUGUGACAAAGUCUUAGUGGUCGGACAGCAGAAAUUCGAUAUUUCGCCAAAGGGCACAGACAUUCCUCGAUCGAUUCGAGAACAUGUAGAGAGGGGUGGUCUACAUAUUGAGCGUUACUCUUCGUGGGAAGCAUGUAUCAAUUUUUUGUCUUCGCACGGUAUUCGACUGGUUGGUGUUGAGAUCCAUGUAGAUGCAAGACCUAUCGAAGCCUAUCUAGAUUACAAGGAUACAGCCUUUUUGAUGGGAAACGAAGGGCAGGGUAUCAAUGAGAAGCACAUGAAAUCGUGUGAUGCUUUUGUAACUAUACCACAGUACGGUGGAGGAACGGCCAGUCUGAAUGUGUACGUUGCCGCCAGUAUUGUUUUACAUUCAUUUCAUCAAUGGCAGCAGGGUGAGUUUUCCAAACACAAUUCUAGCUAG